GUGAAAAUGAAAUCCUUACAACUCUGCAUGCCAUCUCAAGCAAAAACCAGAUCUGGAGGUCAUAUAUUGGCAUGGGCUAUUACAACUGCUUAGUGCCGCCCACCAUUUUGCGGAACUUACUGGAGAACGCGGGAUGGAUCACGCAGUAUACUCCAUAUCAGCCAGAGGUGUCUCAGGGGAGGCUGGAGAGUCUACUCAACUACCAGACCAUGGUGUGUGACAUCACAGGCAUGGACAUGGCCAAUGCAUCCCUGCUGGAUGAGGCGACGGCAGCUGCAGAGGCCAUGCAGCUGUGCCACAGGCACAACAAGAGGAGGAGAUUUUUUGUCGACCCCCGUUGCCACCCACAGACAAUAGCUGUCGUCCAGACGCGAGCCAAAUAUACUGGAGUCCUCAUCGAGCUGAAGAUACCACAUGAAAUGGACUUCAGUGGAAAAGAUGUCAGUGGAGUGUUGUUCCAGUACCCAGACACCGAGGGGAAGGUGGAAGACUUUACGGAACUCGUGGAGAGAGCCCAUCAGACUGGGAGCCUGACCUGCUGUGCCACUGACCUGUUAGCUCUGUGUAUCUUGAGGCCACCUGGAGAAUUUGGGGUAGACAUUGCCCUGGGCAGCUCACAGAGAUUUGGAGUGCCCCUGGGCUAUGGGGGGCCACACGCAGCCUUUUUUGCCGUGAGAGAAAGCUUGGUGAGGAUGAUGCCUGGAAGGAUGGUGGGGGUCACGAGAGAUGCCACCGGGAAAGAAGUGUAUCGUCUUGCUCUUCAAACCAGGGAGCAACACAUCCGGAGAGACAAGGCUACCAGCAACAUCUGUACAGCGCAGGCCCUCUUGGCAAAUAUGGCUGCCAUGUUUGCAAUCUACCAUGGUUCCCGUGGGCUGGAGCACAUUGCCAGGAGGGUACAUAACGCCACUUUGAUUUUGUCAGAAGGUCUCAAGCGGGCAGGGCACCAGCUGCAGCACGACCUGUUCUUUGACACCCUGAAGGUGCAGUGUGGCUGCUCCGUGAGGGAGGUCUUGAGCAGGGCCGCUCUGCGGCGCGUCAACUUGCGGCUCUUCAUGGAUGGCACACUUGGUAUUUCUCUUGAUGAAACAGUCAAUGAAAAAGAUCUGGACGAUUUGUUGUGGAUCUUUGGCUGCGAGUCAUCAGCUGAACUGGUUGCUGAAAGCAUGGGAGAGGAGCAGAGGGGUAUUCCAGGGUCUUCAUUCAAAAGAACUAGCCCGUUCCUCACACAUCAAGUGUUCAACAGCUAUCACUCAGAAACCAAUAUUGUCCGGUAUAUGAAGAAACUGGAAAACAAAGACAUCUCCCUCGUUCACAGCAUGAUUCCACUGGGAUCCUGCACCAUGAAGCUCAAUAGUUCAUCCGAACUCUCACCUGUCACAUGGAAAGAAUUUGCAAAUAUCCACCCCUUUGUGCCUCUGGAUCAAGCUCAAGGAUACCAGCAACUUUUCCGAGAGCUUGAGAAGGAUUUGUGUGAACUCACAGGUUAUGACCAGAUCUCUUUCCAGCCUAAUAGUGGAGCCCAGGGGGAAUAUGCUGGACUGGCCACCAUCCGAGCAUACUUAGACCAGAAGGGUGAGAGGCACAGAACGGUUUGUCUCAUUCCGAAAUCAGCACAUGGGACCAAUCCAGCAAGUGCCCACAUGGCAGGCUUGAAGAUUCAGCCUGUGGAGGUGGAUAAAUACGGGAAUAUUGAUGCAGCUCACCUCAAGGCCAUGGUGGACAAGCACAAGGAGAACCUGGCAGCGAUCAUGAUUACGUACCCAUCCACCAACGGAGUGUUUGAAGAGAACAUCAGCGACCUGUGUGACCUGAUCCAUCAACACGGAGGACAGGUCUACCUGGAUGGGGCGAAUAUGAAUGCUCAGGUGGGAAUCUGUCGUCCUGGAGACUUUGGGUCUGACGUCUCGCACCUGAAUCUUCACAAGACCUUCUGCAUUCCCCACGGAGGCGGCGGCCCUGGCAUGGGGCCCAUCGGAGUGAAGAAGCAUCUUGCCCCCUUUCUGCCCGAUCAUCCCAUCAUUUCAGUAAAGCCGAAUGAGGAUACCUGGCCUGUGGGUACCAUCAGCGCAGCCCCGUGGGGCUCCAGUUCCAUCUUGCCCAUUUCAUGGGCUUAUAUCAAGAUGAUGGGAGGCAAGGGCCUUAAACAGGCCACAGAAAUUGCUAUAUUAAAUGCCAACUACAUGGCCAAGAGAUUAGAGAAACACUACAGAAUCCUUUUCAGGGGUGCAAGAGGUUUUGUGGCUCAUGAAUUUAUUUUGGACACAAGACCUUUCAAAAAGUCUGCAAAUAUUGAGGCUGUGGAUGUGGCCAAAAGGCUCCAGGAUUAUGGAUUUCACGCCCCUACCAUGUCUUGGCCUGUCGCGGGGACCCUUAUGGUUGAGCCCACUGAGUCAGAAGACAAGGCAGAGCUGGACAGAUUCUGUGAUGCCAUGAUCAGCAUUCGGCAGGAAAUCGCUGACAUUGAGGAAGGCCGCAUCGACCCUAGGGUCAAUCCACUGAAGAUGUCACCACACUCCCUGACCUGCGUCACAUCCUCCCAUUGGGAUCGGCCAUAUUCCAGAGAGGUGGCAGCAUUCCCACUCCCCUUCGUGAAACCAGAGAACAAAUUCUGGCCAACCAUUGCCCGGAUUGAUGACAUAUAUGGAGAUCAGCACCUGACCUGUACCUGCCCACCCAUGGAAGUUUAUGAGUCCCCGUUUUCUGAAGAGAAGAGGGCCUCUUCUUAGUCCUCACUUCCUUAGUUCAAGGGACUGAUUUAAGGCCUCUCCCUGGAGCAUUUGAUAAGCAAGAAGUAUUUCAUCUCCCACCCCAGACUGAAGUGUAGGGGUUUUAUAUACUGUGUAUAUUUUUGUAAUCUCUGUCAAGGUAAAUGUAAAUACAGUUAGCAGAGUGAGCGGAGGCUGAUCACUGGAAGAUUGAUUCACUUUGGUAUUCUGCUUCCACACGUACCAUUUGAUGUUCUAGUUGCCUUGAUUGGGAGCCAUUUAGUUUUUUGCAUAGAAGUUUUUGGGUGUGAUGGGAACUUAACUUUCAAUGUGGCAAGUUUGCAGACGUUGUAGAGGCCAUACUGGAGACUCAAUAGACAUAUUUUUGUUCCAAAUAAGUCCUUGUGGACUGUGCCAUCUGUGGGAAAUCCCAGGGCAAAUGUUUACAUUUUGAAUACACUGAAGAACUCUUUUUCCUCUAAUUUGCCUAAUCUAUAAUAGCAUUUCUGAGUGUUUCUCUUUUUUUCUGGGUGUGUGUGUUUUUUUAUCUGCAUUUAUUAGUAUUCUAAUAAAAGCAUUUCAAUUUGAAGAA